GCGCCUCGCCGAGCUGCUCUGAAGGCUGGUGGGCGCAGAUGGCGGCGGCGGCGGCGGCGGCGGCGGCGGCCAGUGACGCGGGGCCUGCGCAGGAGCUGCUGGCGGCCUGGAACACCGUGAGCACCGGGCUGGUGCCUCCGGCCGCGCUGGGACUGGCGUCGUCCCGGACUAGCGGUGCCGUCCCUCCAAAAGAGGAGGAGCUCCGGGCGGCGGUGGAGGUGCUCAGGGGCCACGGUCUGCACUCGGUCCUGGAGGAGUGGUUCGUAGAGGUGCUGCAGAACGAUCUGCAGGCCAACAUCUCCCUCGAGUUCUGGAAUGCCAUCUCUCAGCGCGAGAACUGUGCGGACGAACCCCAGUGCCUUCUGUUGCUGCUCGAUGCUUUCGGUCUGCUGGAGAGCCGCCUGGAUCCCUACUUGCGUAGUCUAGAGCUCCUGGAGAAAUGGACUCGCCUGGGCUUGCUGAUGGGCACCGGUGCUCAGGGGCUUCGGGAAAAGGUCCACACCACGUUGCGGGGCGUCCUGUUCUUUUCCACUCCCAGAGCUUUUCAGGAGAUGAUCCAGCGCCUCUAUGGGCGCUUUUUGAGAGUUUACAUGCAGAGUAAGAGAAAGGGGGAAGGAGGCACAGACCCCGAACUGGAGGGGGAAUUGGACAGCAGGUAUGCCCGCCGCCGGUACUACCGCCUUCUGCAGAGCCCCCUGUGCGCAGGGUGCGGCAGUGACAAGCAGCAGUGCUGGUGCCGCCAAGCGCUGGAGCAGUUCCACCAGCUCAGCCAGGUCCUGCACAGGCUCAGUCUGCUGGAGCGGGUCAGCGCCGAGGCUGUGACUAGCACCCUGCACCAGGUGACCCGGGAGCGGAUGGAGGACCGUUGUCGGGGCGAGUACGAGCGCUCCUUCCUGCGUGAGUUCCACAAGUGGAUCGAGAGAGUGGUCGGCUGGCUGGGCAAGGUGUUCCUGCAGGACGGCCCCAGCAGGCCCGCGUCCCCAGAGCCGGGCCCCACGCUGCGCCGAUGGCGCUGCCACGUGCAGAGGUUCUUCUACCGCAUCUACGCUGGCCUGCGCAUUGAGGAGCUCUUCAGCAUCAUCCGAGACUUCCCAGACUCGAGGCCCGCUGUGGAAGACCUCAAGUACUGCCUGGAGAGGACCGACCAGAGGCCGCAGCUGCUUGUGUCCCUCAGGGCCGCCCUGGAGACACGGCUGCUCCACCCAGGCGUGAACACGUGUGACAUCAUCACCCUAUACAUCUCCGCCAUCAAGGCACUGCGCGUGCUGGACCCGUCCAUGGUUGUCCUGGAGGUGGCCUGUGAGCCCAUUCGCCGGUACCUGCGGACGCGGGAGGACACGGUGCGGCAGAUCGUGGCGGGGCUGACCGGGGACUCGGAUGGGACGGGGGACUUGGCUGUUGAGCUGUCCAAGACGGACCCUGCGAGCCUGGAGACCGGGCAGGACAGCGAGGAUGACUCUGGCGAGCCGGAGGACUGGGUCCCUGACCCUGUGGACGCAGAUCCAGGGAAGUCCAGCUCUAAGCGCCGCUCCUCGGACAUCAUCAGCCUGCUGGUCAGCAUCUACGGCAGCAAGGACCUCUUCAUCAACGAGUACCGCUCGCUGCUGGCCGACCGCCUGCUGCACCAGUUCAGCUUCAGCCCCGAGCGGGAGAUCCGUAACGUGGAGCUGCUGAAGCUGCGCUUUGGCGAGGCCCCGAUGCACUUCUGUGAGGUCAUGCUCAAGGACAUGGCGGACUCGCGCCGCAUCAACGCCAACAUCCGGGAGGAGGACGAGAAGCGGCCCGCCGAGGAGCAGCCGCCCUUUGGAGUCUACGCUGUCAUCCUGUCCAGCGAGUUCUGGCCACCCUUCAAGGAUGAGAAGCUGGAGGUCCCCGAGGACAUCAGGGAGGCCCUGGAGGUCUACUGCCGGAAGUAUGAGAAGCUGAAGGCCAUGCGGACGCUCAGCUGGAAGCACACCCUGGGCUUGGUGACAAUGGACGUGGAGCUGGCUGACCGCACCCUGUCUGUUGCAGUGACCCCCGUGCAGGCUGUGGUCUUGCUUUAUUUCCAGGACCAAGCCAGCUGGGGCCUGGAGGAGCUGAGCGAGGCGGUGAAGAUGCCGGCCGCGCUGCUGCGGCGCCGCCUGUCCGUGUGGCUGCAGCAGGGCGUGCUGCGCGAGGAGCCGGCCGGCACCUUCUCAGUGGUGGAGGAGGAGCGGCCGCAGGACCGGGACAGCAUGGUGCUGGUCGACAGCGACGACGAGAGCGACUCAGGCCUGGCUUCGCAGGCUGACCAGAAGGAGGAGGAGCUGCUGCUCUUCUGGACGUACAUCCAGGCCAUGCUGACCAACCUGGAGAGCCUGUCGCUGGAGCGCAUCUACAGCAUGCUGCGCAUGUUCGUGGUCACCGGCCCCGCGCUGGCCGAGAUCGACCUGCAGGAGCUCCAGGGCUUCCUGCAGAGGAAGGUGCGCGACCAGCAGCUCGUCUACUCCGCCGGCGUCUACCGCCUGCCCAAGAGCUGCGGCUGAGCCGCGCCAGGCCCCGCCCGCCCCCAGAGUGGGAGUAAAGAGACGGUUCUUCAUCCUUCGUGUCCUGUCGGUUCUGUGGCCCCAGGGACGCGUGCUCAGGCCCUCCCCUGCCACCGACUCUGGGCGUGCGCUCCGGUUCUGCACACUGGCCUCCCCGCAGCCAGGCAGAGCGGGUUCCCCCAGCAGGGGGAGCUGCACACCUGUGUGGGCUCCAGGCCGGUAGGAGUCCUGGCACGUGAUUGUCUGGUCACCGUGGCCAGUGGAGGCCCACGUCAAGCUCGUGGCUCCGGCCAACUGGGAAACAGACCUCCUGGAUCUCCCCCCAAGGGCCCCCAGCUCUGGCCUUUGAGAGAACUCCUCGGGGUCCCCCUCCCUCUACCCGGCCUGAGGGUCCAGGCCCCCAGUGCUGGGCUGAGAGCCCCAGGGCAGCUCCCGUGGCCUUGGGGUGCUGUCAGAAUGUGUGAGGCGGGUGGGCAGACAGGCGGCCCCUGGGAAGCCGAGAACUCGCGUCUGCAGCACGAGCGGCUGCCAGCGUCCCCGCUGUGGUCCAGCAGGCAGUGUUGGGGUCUGACAGUGAGGCGUGCUUCCCAAAAGACCCACCCCUCCCACGCCCCUGAGGUGUGAUCGGGGCGCCCGGGGGCCUGGCUGUUCCCCUCUGGAGAGGCUGGGCCCAGGGAUGCAGCCGCCCCCAGGGUUGUGCACAGGCCCUGUCCAGCCACUCUGGGGGCCCAGCACUGGCCUCGCCUCAGCUCCCGGGAGGCGGUGGGGUGGGUGUUGGCGGUGCCAGGCCUUCGAGCUGUGCUGGGCAUCGCAGCCCAGCCUUCAUCCAUCCAGCUUGUCUGGCUGGACUCGCUCAGACCUGGUGGCACUGCUCCCCAGGUGACCAAGGCCCUUCAGGGCAAGUGUCUCCACUGCCUCCUCCUCCACAGGGCACGCCCGGCCCCCAGGACCCCCUGGCUCCCCUAGUCUGCGCCCCAGCGCCCCCACCCGUCCUGUCCUGCUCGAGGGCCCCAGUGCUGGUUCUGCUUCCAGGGCUCUUCUCUUUUUUUUGGCCAUACCAAGAGUCAUAUGGGGUCUCAGUUCCCCGAUCAGGGGCUGAACCCGAGCUGUGGCAGGGGCACCUGGAGUCCUGACCGCUGGGCCACCAGGAGCUCGCUCUAGGACGCCUCCUUACGCCCCAGGGUGGGGCUUCCCGCGGGGUUUGAAGGAGGACGUGGAGGGCCUAGCAGAGCCUGAGUGGUCUGCGGACGCUGAGAGGCCAGCAGGUGUCCCCCUUGGACUCCGCCUGCCGCGGGGGCUGUGCUGUGGUCAUGGGAAGAGGACUUCCUGCCUGGCACUGGGCUGGGCCUGUCCUCCUCGUCCUAGACCGGGUGAAACCGGCUGGACCGGCCUGGCAGGGUGGCAGGUGGCAGUGCCGGCCCCUGGGCGUGGACACACCUGCCCCGAGUCCCUCUGGAAUCAGUUUGUGGAUCAGUGUGGUGAAACCCAGCGUCUCAAGUCCCUGCCUCACUCAUCGGGUGCAGAGGUGCGGCCUCCCCCAGCCCCGCCCUGGCCCAGGCCCCGCCUGCACCCAUCCAGGCCCAGGGGCCACGGGGACAGGGUUCAGGGGUCAGCCACUGGCAGGUGACGCGGGCCCCUUGGCUGCCCGGGCCGUGUCUCUGCAGCCGGAACCUACUGCGAGUGCAGCCUUGGCCUCAGCCGCGAGGCCCUCAUCGCCCUGCUGGUGGUUCUGGCGGGCAUCAGCGCUAGCUGCUUCUGCGCCCUCGUCAUCGUGGCCGUUGGUGUCAUUCGAGCCAAGGGUGAAACGUGCCCCGCACACAUGGACAGCAGGAUGGUGGGGCACUUCGGGGUGCAGGAAGACCAUAUGGACCUGCGCACGGUGCAUGUGGAGUCCCACCUCAUGGACCCCGACAUGGCAGUCCCCAUGAUGCGGCCCCUGGAAGAGCAUGGCCUGAUGACCAUCACCAUGGACUCGACCCUGGAGGAGCCGCCCCCCCCGCCUGAGUAGGGCUUUGGGCGUGGGGGGAGGGGAAUUAAACAGUAUUUAGUUAC